AUAUAUUUGAAUCACUUGCUUUCAUCAUUCGUAUUUCUUUUUUCAGUUGUUCUGUUGCUCUCCGAUUGGCCCUGACACUUUGCUCAGUGUUCUUAUCAGAAAAGGGGGAAGUAAAAGCAUCCAUUUGUCCAGGAAGUCUGAAAUAAGGAAGCUUCAGAGCGCCACCUUUUUUUUUUUUUUUUUUAAACCGUGUUCAUGUUUCAAUGGCGACUAUCUGGUUUGUCAGUCGCCAGCUGAAUCGGACCCGCUGCCAUGUUGCUUACAGUGUUGGAUUCUGAUUAAAUUCCUCACUACAGGAAAAAUACAGUUAAUUGUGGCAGCGCACCUUGUGAGUUGACCUUUCCGAAGUCGGCUGCCGUCAGCGGGCUAAGAUGGCGGACAGAGUGAAUAGUCUGCCAUUCUUCUAUGGCAACAUUAAAAGAGAGGAGGCAGAAGAGCAUCUGCAGCAGCCGGGCGCAGGUAGCGGCUUGUAUUUGCUACGGCAAAGUCGAAACCAUUUUGGAGGUUUUGCCCUCUCUGUAUUACAUUCCGGCUGCUGCUACCACUACACCAUUGAAAGAGAAUCCAACGAAAGCUACGCUAUUGCUGGUGGUAAAAGCCACAGCAGCCCUAUAGAUUUGAUCGACUACCACUCGCAGGAGAUGGACGGCCUUGUGUGUCGGCUGAAAAAGCCUUGCAACAGGCCCAAGGACAUGCAACCCAAGGUGGGACCGUUUGAGGACUUAAAGGAAAAACUGAUCCAGGAAUAUGUGAAACAAACCUGGAACUUGCAGGGAACACCUCUGGAACAAGCCAUUAUAAGCCAAAGGCCGCAUUUGGAGAAGCUGAUUGCAACCACUGCUCAUGAACGAAUGCCUUGGUUCCAUGGAAAAAUAACUCGGAUGGACUCGGAGUCGAGGCUUCAAAACGGCACACGUACAAAUGGGAAAUUCCUCAUCCGGCAGAGGGAUGUGAAUGGAUCCUAUGCUCUUUGUUUACUACAUGAAGGAGAAGUGAUGCAUUACCGCAUCGACGAGGACAGGAGCGGCAAGCUCUCGAUUCCAGACGGCAAGAAGUUUGACACUCUUUGGCAGUUGGUGGAACAUUACUCGUAUAAACCAGAUGGUCUGCUACAAGUUCUCACCGAACCCAGUCCACGACCUGAGGGAGAUACAGAUCUUUUAGGACAGUUGCUGCUACCGCAGGGUACAUCUGGAUUUGGUUCUGUUUUGAACAAUGCAGCAGGAUUCCUUGCCAAAAUCAGGACUGUUCCCAUACCUGGCCGACAAAAGAGCCGCGGGUCUCGACACGAAAACAAAGAAUCCAGUAACCUCAACCCCUAUGACGGACAAGUGCCCAAUAACCGGGUAGUGACCAAAGAGUCCUUACCGAUGGACACAUCAGUAUAUGACCGGACAUAUGCAGACCCAGAUGAACUGAGGAGUACCACAGUGAAUCACGAACAGCUCUUCUUGGAAGAUGAAGAACUGGGUUCAGGGAACUUUGGUACCGUCAGGAAGGGAAUCUACAAGACGACAAUGGCAACGCAGCCGGUGGCCGUCAAAAUCCUGAAGGACGACGACAGCGGCACAUCAGUUCGGGAGGAAAUGCUGCGAGAGGCAAAUGUCAUGCAGCAGUUGGACAAUCCUUACAUUGUGAGGAUGAUCGGUAUCUGUGAGGCACAGAGCCUCAUGCUAGUGAUGGAGCUGGCUGAGCUGGGGCCACUUCACAAGUUCCUGCAAAAAAACAAGAAAACAUCCACUGCCAACAUCACUGAACUGGUGCACCAGGUGUCCAUGGGGAUGAAGUACCUUGAGGAGAACAACUUUGUCCAUAGGGACCUUGCUGCUCGUAACGUGCUACUUGUCACACAGCACUACGCCAAAAUCAGUGACUUUGGCCUGUCCAAAGUAGUUGCUGAGGACCAGAACUACUACAAGGCAAAGGGACACGGGAAGUGGCCGCUGAAAUGGUACGCUCCUGAGUGCAUUAAUUACUUCAAAUUCUCAACCAAAAGUGACGUGUGGAGCUUCGGGGUGCUCAUGUGGGAAGCAUACUCAUAUGGAGAGAAGCCAUACAGGGGAAUGAGAGGGAAUAAUGUUUUGCAAUUGAUUGAGAGUGGAAUGCGGCUGGAUGCCCCACCGAACUGUCCAGAAGAGAUGUAUAGCCUCAUGAAGACCUGCUGGACAUAUGAGGUGGAGAAGAGACCCGCAUUCGCUGUUAUUGAGCCAAGACUACGGCGGUAUUAUUACGACAUUGCGCAAUGAAUGGCCGCACAAAUGUGCAAAUAUAGAAGAUCUACUGUAUAAAUCGUUGACGUUAACCGGAGAUCAAUUUCAUACUAAAUUAUUGUACAUUGAAAUUGUAAGAAGUACAUUUUCUGCUUCAGCAAUAAAUCAAUCAUUACACUUUUUA